CCGAGACCAAGAUAUCUAAGUACGCUUUUUAACAAGUUUCUUACCUACCAUCUAAAUCAAUCUCACCGUACUUACGUCAUAGGGCAGCAGGCCAAAACAAGUAUCAAGUAACCAAAAAAAGAAAAAAAAAAGCCAUGGGCUUGCUCGUCAAGCUCGGCCUGCGCCGGCCCAUGCAAUGGGAGCGUCCAACAGUGCUCGAUUGGCUUCUGGACUCCCCUCUGCAAGCAAUCGUACACCACCUGUACCUGCUCAUCCUCUGGCUGCGCGGCAACCCGGUGAGGCCGCCGCGGAACAAGCCGCCCAUCAAGAUCGUGUUUCUGUCGGACACGCACGAGUCCAUCGUGGACGAUGUCCCGGACGGCGAUCUGUUGAUCCACUGCGGCGACAUGGCCAACGACGGCACCGCCGCCUCCAUCCAGAAGCAGGUCGACUGGCUCGCCUCGCUGCCGCACCAGCACAAGGUCGUCGUGUGCGGCAACCACGACAGCUGGUUCGACAUCAACGCCCGCAUGGAGGAGGAUACUCUGCUCCACAAGACCGUUGACGUCAAGUUGAUUCACUACCUUGAGCGCAAGUCCAUUACGCUGGCCUUUAAGGGCGGCAGGAAGCUGAACUUAUACGGCGCCCCCGAUAUCCCCGAGUGUGGAGGCCCUGAGCACGCGUUCCAAUAUACGUCUCAGCAGAACCCAUGGGAUGGCACCAUUCCCUGGGAUACGGAGAUUUUGGUGACGCAUACUCCACCGAAACACCACCUCGACCUCUCCCUCGGCUGCCCCCACCUCCUGCAGGAGCUGUGGCGGAAGAAGCCGAAGCUGCACUGCUUCGGCCACGUGCACUGGGGCCGCGGCACGCAGCCCAUCUUCUGGGACGAGACCCAGCGCGUCUACGAGCGCGUCAUGUCGCGCCCGAGGCGCGGGCUCUUCUACGACAUGCUGCCGCACCGCGGCUGGCUCGACGCGUGUCGCGUCCUGUAUCACGGCGUCGUGAGUGUGCUGUGGCAUUGGUUCAUGCUGGGGGGUGCGGCGAACGGCAGUCUCAUGGUCAAUGCGGCGAUGCAGCAUGGGACGUCGGGGAAGCUGACGAAGAAGAGGCCGAUAACGGUUGAGAUUUGAGGGGGGAGGUAGGGAUGGAGGGCGUGUGUAAUAAAAAGUAGAGGUACUGGUUUAUAUGGCUUGGAAAAUGUAUGAACAUUGCCCUAACCUAGGCAGUUAUAUACCAGGAAAGCCUAUGUUGAGUGAUCGGCGUAUAAAACCUAGGAAAUGUGACUUAAAACACAACAAGGCUUCAAGAUUCAGACGAUGAAAAGGACUAGAAGUUCUCCAUUGUACUCAAAGCUAGUAGAUCAGAUUGCCUCAUUCGUUGUGUGUAGCCCACCAU